AAGGAAACCAUUGAGAAAUUAGCAGUUUAGCAAAGUUCAUUUGAUUGAGAAGAUGAAAUUCUUUACAAUAUUAUUCUUUAUCGCUUUCGCGGUCGUCCUAGUUAAUGGUCAACGAGGAUCUGGACGACGAGGACCUGGUGGACUAGUUGGAAGACUCCUUGGAGGCCCUAGAAGACUUGGGGCGCGCCCACUAAUUGGUGCUGGUGCGCUCCUAGGCAGACCUCAGGGUCCUCGCCCUUGCCAACCAUCAUCUUCAUCUGUUGCACCUGAAUCUUCAUCUGCUGCAUCUGAAGUUUCUUCUGUUGCACCUGAAGAAUCAUCUGUUGCACCUGAAUCUUCAUCUGUGGCACCUGAAUCUUCAUCUGUAGCACCUGAAUCUUCAUCUGUCGCAGCUUAAACUGUUGCAUAAAGUUUCAUUGGGAUCAUCAAUCUUUAUAGACCAAAAUUGCUGUUUUUUAAGUGCCAAAUAAAUUAGAAAUGAAGGAGUUUGAAUAAAAACAUUUUUUUUAUCCGUUUAGCAAACUGCAAGAAUCAAAACCCUGGAAAUUUCGUCAGAUGCUGGCAAAAAUUUAUAUUAGACAGAUAAGGAGUGUUAUCGAAAAUUUUAUACUUUUGCAACUUGGAAGAAUCAAAAUCCAAUAUAUAUGAUAUGGAAACGGCAAC